CGCGUAAGCGUAAAUGAUCGGGCAGCGAUUACCUUUGCGCUAUAACCACCUGUGCUUGUUGUCUUUGUCACAACAAUGGUCGCUGCUACCUUCCCCAAUACGUUUGACAGCAAGGACAGAACAACAGCUCGUACCAGGCGUUCAAAAAUCUUCCAGCCUUUUCGAGCGAUAGGAUACGUGACAGCGGACGUACCUAUAUGCGUGCAGGUUCGGGGACAAGCGCAUGCUAUUACCACUUCUGUGGGGAAUGCAUUUCAUAUCUAUGAUGGCGAGAAGCUGAGUCUACUAUUUACUGGUCCUCAAAGCGCGGAGCCCGUCUCGGCUGUGGCCGUUUUCAAAGAUCGAGUAUUUGCGGCUACGGGAUCACACAUAUCCGUGGCGGAGCGGGGAAAGGAGGUUGCAAGAUAUGUGUCCGAUUCAGAUGCAGCAAUCUUCUCCCUCGUCGUCUUUGGCAACCUGUUGCUGGCACUUUGUAAGGACAAUGUGGUCAGAAUAUGGGAUCAUACGAUCGGAGAAUUGUACAAUGAGCUUACUUUUCCAGAAUCAUUUCGAGUAACGUGCGCUAUGCACCCGAGCACGUAUUUGAAUAAAAUCCUUUUUGGGAGCCAGCAGGGAUCUAUGCAGUUAUGGAACCUUCGGACGCUUCGACUCUUGUAUGAGUUUCCAUCUCUUGGCUCACCCAUAACAUUCCUCACACAAGCGCCGUCUGUGGAUGUGGUCGCUAUUGGUCUUAUGGACGGAUCUAUAAUCUUACAUAACAUUAGAGUUGACGUAAAAGUCAUGCGAUUGAUGCAGGAAGGAAAAGUCACCGCCAUCUCCUUUCGAACAGAUGAGAAACCACAUAUGGCUACCGCUAGCAUAUCUGGCGAUAUUGCUAUUUGGGAUCUCGAUAAACAGCAGUUGAUACAUAUUGCGAAGGGAGCACAUGAAGGGCCAAUUCACAGUCUGUACUAUUACGCUGGCCAACCGAUAUUGAUAACAGCUGGAGCAGAUAACGCCAUCAAGCAAUGGAUCUUCGAUAGCGCGGAAGGAAAUCCACGUCUAUUACGAUCACGCGGAGGGCACCACGAACCACCCAGUCGCAUCAGAUACCACCCGUUUGACCACUCGUCUAUCAUUAGUGCCGGUAACGAUCAAGCGUUGCGGCUAUUUUCUGUUACGCGAGACUCCAAUAGUUUGGAGAUAUCCUUACGGGAUCAAAAGGCGAAGGGGCAUCUGGACGAUGCACGCAUCCCAGCGGUUACGCAGUUUGAUGCAUCGGAAGGGAUAGAAUCAAAAUCGGUCAACAUCAUCACAGCACAUGUCAAGGACUACCAAGCACGAACAUGCUCUUUUGGAGGGAAACCAAUAACAAAAAGAACGUACACGUCCACUGACAACUCCUUGAUCAAAUCUGUCGCAGUCAGCGCGUGCGGAAACUUUGGAUUCGUAGGUUCAACAUUGGGCAGAGUAGAUCGAUACAACCUUCAGUCUGGCCUCCUUCGAAAGACUUAUUCGAAUCAGCAUGGCGGGCACACAAAAGCAGUCGUUGGAAUCGUGUCAGACAGAGUGAACCGGAUUGUGGUCACUGCAUCGCUCGAUUGUACACUCAAGUUUUGGUCAUUCCAAUCAGGUGCCUUGCUGCAGACUAUAUCCUUGCCAGCACCCGUAGGCUCUAUUGUGCUAGACCGGGAAAGCGGGUUGCUUGCUGCUUCAUCGGAUGACUUCAUUCUUCGCGUUGUGGAUAUACAAACCAUGAGAAUUGUUCGAGAGUUUAGUGGGCAUCGCAGUCACAUAACGGACAUGUGCUUCAGCCCCGACGGCCGAUUAUUAGUAUCCUCUUCAGUAGAUGCAACUAUACGCACAUGGGAUCUGCCUACAGGAUACAUGGUAGACCUGUUUCGAGUGAACAGCGUGCCUAGAAGUUUGUCUUUUUCCCCAACCGGAGACUUCUUGGCCACCGCGCAUGCGGAUCACAUUGGAAUUUUCCUUUGGGUAAAUCGGAUGCAAUUUGUGAAUGUCCCGUUCCGAAACCUGUCUGAUGAGGAUUUGGUGGAGCUGGAGCUACCCAAGAUGGCCAAUGACGAGACUGAUGUUCAGGAGGGAGACGCAGAAGUGCCGACAGAGACCCGGGAGAACGAAUUGCCACCUGGCGAGGUGGUUGAUGAUUCACUGAUCAUGUUAUCUGGACUUCCAAAGAUUCGAUGGCAAAAUCUGCUCAGUUUGGAGGCCAUAAAGAAACGAAAUAAACCAGUAGAAGCCCCAAAAACUGAACGGGCUCCGUUCUUUCUUCCAUCACUUCGUGAGAUGGAACAGACAUUCGGAGCAACAGCUUCGGAAAACAAAGCCGAUGGACAGAGUUCCCGCAUUAUUCGGCUACCGGGGGCGGAUGUGGAACCCGAGUUUGUGCGAUUACUCCGUGAAGGGAGCAUGGAGAAUGAUUAUUCGGCCGUGAUGACCCACAUUCAAACCCUAUCCCCAUCCGCACUUGACCUAACCCUCCGCACCAUGGCCUUCUCCACAUCCACCGAUAACAAUGAAGUUCUUUCACUGUUUCUAGACGCCCUGGCAUGGCAAUUGGAAAAACGAAGAGAUUUUGAAGCAGUCGAAUAUUGCUUAAAUGCACUAUUGAAAAUACAUUCCGACAGUUUGAUGGAACCAGGAGUGCAGGAGCGGAUUCAAAUUUUGGUCAAGAGACAUGCGGAGGCUUGGGAGGUUUUGGAGAAGAUGUUCCAAUAUGGGUUGUGUCUAUUGGAUUUCAUUAGAUUGUAAGAGAAUUUUUUUGGCAUAGUUGGUGUACAUAGGCUCAUAGGCGAAACAAAAUUGAUUAAUAUAAUGCAAGAGUAACUUUCUGUGGCCAUA